AUGAAAUUCACCGCCGCCACCUCUCUCGUCCUCCUCGCCGCCGCUGGCUCCGUCGCUGCCGACUCCAUCCUCGGUGAGCUCGGCCAGCUCGGCAACACCAUCAGGAACAAGGGUCAGGAGAUCGCUGCCUGUGCCAAGGCCAGCUCCCAGCUCUCGUGCCAGGCCAAGUACGACAUCCCUGCCAGCUCUUCUGCCAACUGCUGCUUCAACGGUGCCCUCGUCAAGGGUGGCAAGCAAAGCGGUCUUAUUCUCAGCACCCAAUUCUGGACCACCAAUGCUAAGGACACCGACAACAACGGUCCCAAGGACUCCACAACCAUCCACGGUCUCUGGCCCGACUACUGCGAUGGAACCUACCCUCAGUUCUGCUCCAACGUCAGUGGUAUCCCCGAGUACACCGGCGAGCAAAUUGAAGCUGUCAUGCAGAAGUACGAUCCUGCUCUCUUUGCAUAUUACCAGAAGUACUUCAAAGACCUCGACGGUGACACCACCGACUUCCUCGCUCACGAAUACAACAAGCACGGGACUUGCUUCACCACCAUGCGUCCCAAGUGCCAGCCCACCCUUCCUUGGAUCAGCCAGGAAGACUUUGCUGUGCUCAACUACUUCCGUCAGAUCGCACACAAGUUCCAGAAGCACCCCGCUUACAACUACCUCGCGGCUGCUGGUAUCCUUCCGUCCGCCACUCAGAACUACACUCUGGCUGAAAUUCAGUCGACUUUGAAGCAGGCUCAUGGUGCUACCCCUUAUGUAGGCUGCAAUAAGAAGGGCGAGAUCAGCGAGUUCUGGUUCUUCUGGCAUACCCGCGGGACAGUUAACUUUGGUCAGUAUGCACCUGUCGAGUCAACUACCAAGUCAUCUUGCCCUGCUAGCCUUAGGUACCUUCCAAAGCCUUGA